AUGGCCUUCCUGUCGCGGGCUAGGUGGGAUUGCACACAAGGACUAGAAAGCAGAAGCUUAGAGAAACCCCAAGAAUCCCUCUGUGCUCUGUUCCAGCCUGUCCAGGGUUCUGACACCUCAUGCUCCAGGACCUUUAAGAAAAAAUGGGAACGCUUGCUGGACAGGUGUACAGCUGAGUCGAAAGAGAAAGAUCAAAAGCAGACCACACUUCUGCAGAUAGAAUGUGACACCGUUGGCAACAUUCCUUAUUCUGGAAUUAUACCAGUUACCAAUUUAGACACAGUGAAGGACGUUAUCCAUAUGGCACUACCAGUGCUAGGAUUAAGUGGCUCAGAAAUGGACUACCAAAUGUGGGUCUAUUCAAACCAGAGAAAGGCUUCUUACCCGCUCAUCGGGCAUGAAUGUCUGUAUGCUAUUCAAGCAAGCUACCAUCGAGCUGCUCUUCAUAAUCAUGAACCGGGGAAGUCCACCUCCACCUCGAGCGUGGAGGAUCCCAUUCCGGAGAUCUUGUCUGAUGGAGGGAUCCAGUUUGUUUUGAAGCCCAGGCACACGGCUAAAAGGCAGCACCGCUGCAGCUUUCCCACGAACUGGCUGUCUUGCUGGGGCAUUACCAGAAGCCGUAAUGACCUGCCCCAGGACUCCCCUCCUGCUGUUUCAGUGCCAGCAUUCCUGAGAAUGUCUGGUGUGGAGGACCUGGCCCUCACACUUUUGGAGAUGAUUUGUGUUAUCAAGCAGAAAGGGCCAAAGACAGAGAAUAUUUUUCAAAAAGUUGGUGACAUGAAGUCGUUUAUAGCCCUAAAGGAAAGAUUUAAUAAAGGAAUUAGAGGCGACUGGGGCAAUGAAUCGCCACUUGUGUUAGCAACACUAUUAAAGGAUUGUCUUCGAGCCUUUCCUGGCACGCUGUUUUCAGCCGACCUCUAUGAUCAGUGGCUGAAUGUUUUUGAUAAAGGGAACGACAAGGAGAUCAGAGACAUCCAGAGGCUUUUAGCCCAUCUGCCCAGAGCUAACGCAGCUGUCCUAAGACACUUGUUUUCAUCAUUAUAUGCAAUCUCAUGUAAUGCAUCAUACAAUCAAAUGACUACAUCAAAGUUAGCUUUGUGCAUCACCCCGAGCCUUCUGUAUGUCUGGCGAUCUACUUCAAGAAGCCCAGCCCUUGAAGGCGAAUUGAAGAGAAAGAUAUCCCUUGUGGAGUUUAUGAUUGCAAGUUACCCCAGAAUAUUUAGACAUGGCAAGAAGUCUAAGAAGAGCUGUAAGAAUUCCAAAAGAAACGUUGGAGAGAGUACACAGCAAGUCAUCGCCACUGCGGGGCAGAGUGCUGCCGCCCUAGACACCGAGCCCGGCACCCGGGAACCGCUGCCUGACGUGCUGACCCCACGCAUGACCGCCAGAACCGAGCCUGACCAUGGUGAUUUAAUGCUGCCCUGGAGUACGAAUCACUGUAAGGGGAUUUGAUGCUACCACUGCUGUUGACACAAUACCAGAAAUGGAACCAUCUCAUCAUAUCUGGUGCUUUGGAACAACAGUAAUCGACCCUAUAAAGCAGAGCUGCAAAACUCACAUCUAGUAGGGGGCCGCCCAACUCUCUGAAAUGUGUCAUUUUAUUUCAUUCAAUGGUAGCAUAUUCACAGCUGAACAUCACUAAUUUUCCUACACUCUAACGUGCAGCUAAGAGUGUUUUUAGAAAAAAAAUUGACAGAUUUUUCUUUCUGUCCAGAAAUAAACAAAUUGGCUCAUAACUGACUUCAAAGGAGUCAUGUUUUCUGACUGUGCGGAAAUCAUGUUGUACACUUCACACUUCACAAACUUAUUCAAAAAGGAAUAUGUAAUGAUCUGAUUCCAAAAUUUCAGCUCAACCCAUUUCAGUCUUUAAUUUCCAAUUCCAUUGUUCAAGGGGACAUGCAACAUUUACUAUAAAAUCAGUAUUUAAGGAUACAGUGAAAUAUAUAAAAACAGAAUGAAAAUAUGAGCUGAUAUUGGCACAAAAAAUUUAAACCCACACAUAGUUUUCUUCAUGGUAGCAUUUUCAUACAUUUUUUCAUCAUGAAGUCACAGAAAGUUCAUGAAAGCUCACAUUCUAAAAUCUCAUCAAAAUUUGAUGAAGAUGCAUACCAUAAAAUCCUUUGAAUGGAUUUAAAAUUGUGUCCAUACCAAAUCACAUUUUAAUUCUAUCUCUAUUUUUUUGAGUUUUUUAAAGAUUUAUUUAUUUACUUGAAAGUCAGAGUUACACAGAGAGAGGAGAGGCAG